UUUUGAUGAUGAGAGGAGGGGUUGAAGAGCCUAGCUAACUAUAAAUGAGAAGGUUUUUUUUUUAUUGAAGUAAGUGUUGUUUGAAAAGGCUUAAUUUGUGCCUUAAAUGCCCUCAGCAGAACUCCUGUGAAUCCGACCCAGGACUUGUACUACGAAGCAAGUUCAACAUAACAUUACCCAUGAUAUAUUUUCAUUAUCUGGCUUCACUAAGCCGGUGAUCACGCCAAGCGGUCAUACGACGAUGGUUAUCAACUAGGUUUUGGGAAGCAGAUGACAGGGGUGCUCCACUGCCAUGGACCAGAUCACUUUUCAUCAUAAUAGUGUGUUGUCAGAUGUUCACUUGCUCCUGCCCAAUGCACGCCACUUAAUGAUACGCCUCAACCAAGUUGGACAGCCCGUCUUUAUCUCGAAAUUCAAGAUCUUGUCAGAUGAUGAAAGGCAUGACAACAAUGACCCAGAGAAAGGCCAAAGAAAAGAUGAAGAGGAAUGUGUGGAAGGAAAUGUGGAACCAGUUCGGGAUGAAGAUGGAGACCUUAACAUUACACAUCGACCGAGGAAAACCCCUACGGCGGAUAUCAGUCGAGAUUUGGUCUGUCCCAUCAUUCUCAAACAGUCCAACCCUGCACUGGAACAAGAAGAGAAUACAGAUGAUGAAGUUGAUAAGUGCUUCAAAGACAUCAUAAGAAUUGAGCACACUAUGGCAACACCCCUGGAGGAUGUCGGCAAACAGGUAUGGCGAGGGGCAUUCCUCUUGGCUGACUUCAUCCUUUCUAAGCCAUUCAUGUUCAAAGGAGCAACAGUCCUAGAGCUGGGAGCGGGAACUGGCCUAGCCAGCAUCAUCAUGGCAACCAUAGCCAAAACAGUGUACUGCACAGAUGUGGGGGAGGACCUUCUAAGCAUGUGCAGGAGAAAUGUUACAUUAAAUACACACUUGAUGGAGCCUUCAGGUGGUGAGGUGAGAGUGAGAAAAUUGGAUUGGCUCCAGCAUGACCUUUGUACAGAUGCUGAUGUGGAAUUUAACUGGACAGAGGAGGAAGUAGUGGAUAUGUAUAACAACACUAGCUUCAUCAUUGCUGCUGAUGUUUGCUACGAUGAUGAUCUGACAGAUGGCCUUUUCCGAACCCUGUACAGACUCUGCAGUAACUUUCCUCACAACUGCACAAUCUUCAUCUCCAUAGAGAAAAGGAUGAAUUUCACCCUGCGGCACCUGGAUGUUUCCUGCAAGGCUUAUGACCAUUUCAGCCAUUGUCUGGCCCAACUCCAGGACGUGGUGGAUGGACAGUGCAGCUUCAAAGUAGAGCAGCUCCCUUCUAACUUCCCACAGUUUCUUCCAUAUGAACGCAUAGAGCAACUGGAGCUGUGGAAGGUGUCUACUACUCUACUCUCAUCUGACCAAGCCCAGUCUGAGUUCUGAGAUGUUUUCAUCUUGGCCUGGACUCCCAUCUUCAUCUAGUAUCCACCAUCUUGGACAGUUAUCCUCCCCAAAGAAACAAAUCAGUCCUGGAACAGAAGACACAUCCAGGCACACUGCUCUUCCAAGUAUAAAACUCAUUGCCUGAUUGUAAGUGUUAAUAAUGCAGAAGCAAUUACUUUCCUUGCCUCUAGAUGGUUUACACCGAUAUGUCUGCAUCUGCUGGGGGUGUAUAUCUAUCCCUACUAAGGCCAAUUCAUAGCGACUGCCUGGGUCGGUAACAUAAAUUUCAUCAUCUGCCCAUGUCCGCCAGCACUGUCCACGCAACAAGUUUGUCAAUUGUGCAUAUGCUAAGAAGCAAACUGGAACUUAGCAUAUACAUACAAAACUGUGUUUUAUGUGUGUUGCAGUACAAUGUAAUGCUUGUCGGCAAUGCAGUUUCACAACAAAUACCACUCAUUUUAACCAUCCUAUUAAUGGAGAACAAUUAAGAUUAAUGGCAAGACCACUUGUUCUGCAAAAAUGUAGUUAUAUGCUGAAGUGCCCCUGCGGAUUGGCUUAUGUGGGAAAGACGAACAGAGCCUUAAAAACUUGUAUUUGUAAACACAGCAGUGUAAUACGCAACGGUGAUAUGAAAAGACCUAUGGCUAGACAUCUUGUGGAAAUAAAGCAUUUAAACCAA